UUCCAUAAAGCCAUAAACCCCCAAAAAAUAUAUAUAAAUUAAAAAAAAGGUUUUAUACUUUUUCAGAGCCUGCUGUUUUUUCUCUAACAAAUCUAGAAAUCAAAAUAAAACGAUCUAAAUUUCCGUUUUUACAAUCUCUUUCUUUUAACAAUGGGAAAAUCAAGCAAGAAAUCAACCCCCAAAGUUGAAGUAGCACCUGCUGCAGCUGCUCCUAAGUCUGGGAAGAAAGGCAAGAGAGAAGCUAAAGGAACACUUGAAAAACAAGUGGCUGUGAAAAAGCAGAAGAAGAGCGAUGGCGUCGAACAAGCUGUUGUAAAGAAGAAGGUUGAAGCAAAGACCCAAAAGAAGAAGACAGACGAAACUAUUAGUUCGUCCGAUGAUACUUCUGAUUACGAGGAUGAACCUGUGCCUCCGAAAAAGCAGCCAGCUAUUGCCAAAAACGGCUCUGUACCUGCAAAGAAAGUAAAAAAAGCUAGCAGUUCGGGUGCUUCUGAGUCUAGUAGCGAGGAAGAUUCAUCCUCUGAUGAAGAAGCUCCAGCUCAGAACAAAAAAGCUGUAGUUGCUAAAAAUUCUGCUAAGACAGUGAAAGCUGAUAGCGGUUCUGAGUCUAGUAGUGAGAAAGAUUCAUCCUCCGACGAAGAAGCUCCUGCUCCAAAUAAAAAACCCACAGUUGCCAAAAAUGUCUCUGUUCUUGCUGCUAAGACUGUUAAAGCUGAUAAAAGUUCCGAGUCUAGUAGUGAGGAAGAUUCAUCCUCCGACGAAAAUAAAAAACCAGUAGUUGCAAAAAGUGUCUCUGUUCCAGAUGCUAAGACAGUGAAAGCUGAUAAAAGUUCCGAGUCUAGUAGUGAGGAAGAUUCAUCCUCUGAUGAAGAACCUACUGCCCAGAAUAAAAAACCUGUAGUUGCAAAAAGUGUCUCUGUUCCAGCUGCUAAGACAGUGAAAGCUGAUAGCGGUUCUGAUUCUAGUAGUGAGGAUGACUCAUCCUCCGACGAAGAAGCUCCUGCUCAGAAUAAAAAACCUGUAGUUGCCAAAAAUGACUCUACUUUAGUUGCUAAGACAGUGAAAGCUGAUGAUGAUUCCAAGUCUAGUAGUGAGGAAGGGUCAUCCUCCGAAGAAGAAGCCCCUUCUCAGAAUAAAAAACCUGUAGCUAAACAUAGCUCUGUUCCAGCUACUAAGCCGGUAAAAGCUGAAAGCAGUUCAGAAUCUUCUGAUGAUGAUUCCAGUGAGGAUGAUGAACAUGCUGCAAAAACAAAGGUCGCCACAACUGUUAAAAAUGACCCUGCAGCUGUUAAGAAAGGCAAGCCCUCCAGCAGUUCAGAUUCUUCAGAUGAAAAUGAAGAAAAAUCAAAACCAGCCUCUAAGAAAGGACCUACUACUGUUGCAAUAAAAGUGCCGAGUGAAAGUUCAGAAAGUGAUAGCUCGUCGGAUGAAGAGGAUGGACCUCCUCUCAAGGCUACUUUACCAGCUUCUUCUGCGAAGAAUGUACCCUCACUGAUUGCAAAGGAUAAAACUGCAUCCAGUGAUAGCAGCUCUGAGGAGGACUCUGAUGAAGAGGAUGCAAAGAAAGCAACUUCUGUGAAGAAAGCUUCUGCUCCCACCCUUAAGAAAAUUGAGGAUUCUAGUACUAGCUCCUCCGAUGAUAGUGAUUCUGAGGAAGAAGUGCAGAAAGUUGAAGCAAAGGAUGGCAAGAAACCUGUUACUGUGAAAACUUUAAAGAAAGAAGAUUCGUCUGAAAGCUCCGAAGAUACCGAUUCCUCCGAGGAAGAGGCUCCUACAAACAAAGCUCCUGUUGCUGCAAAAAGGCCACUCCCCACAGCUGGGACAAAAAAAUCAAAAGAGGUAAGCAAUGAUAGCGAAGAUGAUAGCUCUGAUGAAAGUGAGGAUGAACCACCUGCGGCCAAAAAGUCUAAGGUUUCUUCAGAUAGUGGUAAGGAUGCCAAGGUUGUUAAAAAAGUAAACAGUAGUGAAGACAAGGAAUCUGAAGAAUCAUCCGAUGAUGAGGAGAAAAGUGAUGAAGAAGAAACUCCAAAGAAAAAGGACACAGAUGUAGAAAUGGUGGAUGCCACAACACCACAGAAAAUUACCAAGCAACAGGAUUUAAAGUCCGGGAAGAAAGCUCUCCAAACCCCCACGACUCCUCAAGUUCAAUCCACAGGUUCAAAGACACUGUUUGUUGGGAACUUACCUUUUCAAGUAGAACAAGAUGAUAUAAAGAAUUUUUUUAAAGAUGCUGGUGAGGUUGUAGAUGUACGUCUAUCCACUGAUUUUGAAGGGAGUUUUAAGGGGUAUGGACAUGUUGAAUUCGCUACUGCAGAGGGUGCACAGAAGGCUCUAGAGUUGAAUGGUGAAUAUUUAAUGAAUCGCUCUCUUAGACUUGAUUUGGCCCGUGAAAGGGGUGCGUUUACACCACAUAGCAGCGAUCGGAACAACUCGUUCCAUAAAGGUGGAAGAGGUCAGGCUCAGACAAUAUAUGUUAGAGGAUUUGAUCAAUCUCUUGGCCAGGAUGAGGCUAAGAAAUACUUGGAGGAGCACUUUGGUUCUUGUGGAGAGAUUUCUAGGGUGGCAAUACCUGUGGAUUGGGAAUCCGGUGCCGUGAGAGGUUAUGCUUAUUUGGAUUUCACCGAUGGUGAUAGUUUCAACAAAGCCCUAGAACUUGAUGGAUCUGUACUUGAUAAGCAUUCCUUGUCUGUGGAGGAGGCAAAGCCAAGAGGUGAAUUCCGUGAUGGUCCGGGAAGCGGCAGAGGUGGUGGUAGGAGUGGAGGAAGGGAUGGUGGCGGUGGCCGUGGUGGAUGGAGUGGGGGAAGAGAUGGUGGUGGCAGGAGUGGUGGAUGGAGUGGGGGAAGAGAUGGUGGUGGGCGUGGUGGUAGACGUGGGGGUGGUCGAUUUGGUGCUGGUGCUGGCAGAGGACGUGGAACACCUAAUAAACCAAACCUUGCUGCUGCUGGCACAGGGAAGAAGACUACUUUCACAGAUGACGAUUAAUGAAUUGAGCACUCACCCCAUUUGUCCCCUGGUUGCUUAUGUUAGAGUAGUAAUUGCUUUUGUGAUGGAUUGUUAUUAUUAUUAUUAUUAUUAUUAUUAUUAUUAUUAUUAUUAUUAGGCUUGAGGUUAUAAAAACUUCUCGAACUAUUUUAAAAGAAUUAAUUAAAUUCCUAUUUUUUUUUA